AUGGGGUCUUUGUCGGACAUUCUGCCCGGCGAUCUUGUUGAGAAGAUCCUCUUGUCAUACCCAUUGAAGCGUCUCUUACGCCUCAAGAGUGUAUCGAAAUCUUGGGAUCAAUUGCUCACCUCUCCCGACUUCAUGAAACUCCGUUCCCUCUCCUUUCUGCCGGAUUCUCAACCUCGUGUGCUCUACCUGGAUUAUUGGAAGAACAAGGUCAUGUUUCUUUAUGGUGUCAAGGACUGGCUCUUCCAUGGUAUAUCAAAGCUCCGUGCACCAAGGUCACUUCAUUUUGGCGAUUCCACGAGAUGGGGCUUGAUGGUCGCUAGCCAUGGUAUUCUGUGUUGCUUGAGUAGGUUAAUUAUUGAUAAGCGAAGAUGGGAUUACUUUUAUGUUGUGAACCCGACCACUGGUCGACAAAACUCCAUUACUGAUUUUCCCGGCGCUUUUGCGCACCACUUCGGGUUCUAUUUUGACCCCAUACUCCAUAAUUUCAAGAUUUUAGCUCAAGUUGAGGUGAUGCAUCAAUCGACCGAGGUAAAUGACAUAAUGUAUGUGAUGUUUGAUUCAUCGACUGGACAAUGGAGGCGCCCUCAAAACUCAAUACCCGACCGCUCGUGCACCUCAGCACCCAUGGUCUCCAUAGAAAACACUUGCUACUACAUGUACAAAGACAAUCAAAAUCUGGUGGCUUUCAAUAUGGAUAGAGAGGAAGGGGAGAUCAUUUUUGUUCAAGAAUUGCUUCGAGGUUCUGAUUUUAGAAUUUUAGAAUGGGACGGUCGCCUGGCUUUGCUUCAAUCAACUAACGUGCUCGAUGUGAAGGUGUGGGUUCUGAUUGAUAAGAAGUUCAGCCAAGUGAUUCAUGUAGACAUGCAUAAAUUGUGUAGUUAUGUUUUACGAAAUAUACAGCAUUGCUGUUUGUUUGGGAAAACACUGAUAAUCUAUGGUGAUGGUAGGUUUGAGGGAUACAAUAUCAUGAGCGGGCAAUUAAUCUCAUCUUCCGUUGAUAUUCAGGUUGGGAACUGUGGAUACUUCAUAGCCUACAAUCCCACUCUCUAUUCUUGGAAUUACAGUUAA